GUGAAUCGUGCCAACUCUUUGGUUGGUGUUGCCGAGAGCGCAGCAAUUCCAGUGGGAUAUGUCGUGGACCGACGGCCGGACCAGCGUGCACACCUUCUCCGGUUGUCGACCGGCAUCGCGUUGCUGGCGGUGAUUUGUGGAAUCGUUGUUGUCGCAACGGACGAAAUGAUAGUCGUUUUUGCAAUGCUCAUUUGCUUUGGUCUUUUCAUGGAGCUUGCUUCAAGCGCUUCAGAGGCAAUCUUUGCAGAUAGUAUUCCUGCUGGCGAGCGUGCUGCGCUUUUUGUGACAAAGUCUGUGAUCAGCACAGUGGGUGCAGCAUGUGGCCCAGGCAUAGCAGCAGUUGGACUGGCGCUGCUGGGUGACAAGUGGGAGCCCUACCAGAUCAAGAUCAUUAUGGUGCUUGGCUUGUUGCUGAUGCUGCCUACGAUUCUCCCUUUGUUCAUCUUCCAUGACCCGAAGCUUUCCCCGGUAGCCAAUGGUGUCAACGGUGCCAGCCCGGAAAGCAGGCAGAGCACAGAGGAUGCUGAAAGCGCCCAGUCCAGCCCGAUCAGUAGAGCACGCUUGAAAUGCCUCAACUCCAAGCAUGUGCCUUUCAUCCUGGCGCUCUCGGACUUUAUCACCUGCAUCGGUGCUGGCAUGACUGUCAAGUUCUUCAAUCUAUUCUUUAUCCAGGACGAGCACUUCUCACCAGUUGCCAUCAGUUUACUUCAGACUGCCUAUCCUUUGGUCAUCGCUGGUUUCAUGAAAAUCACGGAGCGGUUGGCCAAACCACUGGGCCGUCCGCAAGCAUCGCUCACUUUCUUCAGUCUCAAUGUGCUGUGUCUCCUUCUGAUGGCAGAGGUCCGCUGGCUGCCGGCGUUGUUGCUUGUCUUCCUCGUGAGGGGUGGCAUGGCCAACAGCACCUAUCCGAUCGACCGCUCAAUCCUGAUGGACUUCACACCAUCUUCACAGCGCGGCAUGUGGAAUGCAGUGAGCAGUCUGACCUCCAUGACUUGGAGUGGCAGUGCUUUCCUGGGCGGUGUGCUUUCGGAUGCCCGAGACUACAGGUAUACUUUCCUCAUAACAGCCCUAGUGUAUGCCUCAGCAUGCCUUGUCUACUUGCCGCUGCUAUAUCUGGUGCCCCGAAAAGAGAAGGAAGCCGCGAAUGCGUCGGUCACAGCCUCAGCUGAACCCUGCAACGAUGUCAGCGCAAACAACCUGAGACAGUGGAAGCCCUUUGGCCUCUGCACCCAGGUCCGCAUAGGUCCGCCACUCGUAUCAGUGACAAUCAGUACAGUGUACAGCUACGCUUGCUUAGCCACACAAGCUUGUGCCUGUAGCAUCGAGAAAAAGGUCUAUUUGGCAGCUGUUGACCGAUGGGGGAAUGCGUGCUCCUUCAUCAAUUCCAAUUACAUGGGAUUUGGCACUGGAAUUGUGCCGGAAGGUUGUGGCUUCACGCUGCAAAACCGCAACUUGAUCGGUGGGCACAACUUCAUUCUGAAAGAAGGCCAUCCCAAUUGCGUGGGGCCAAGACAGUUCGGGGUGAAUGAGAGAGCCGCUGUGCUGGCUCACCGGAUCAGCAUGGCAGCGGACAGCAAGGAUCUCUUUUGCACCCUGGGCGUCAUGGGUGGCUUCAUGCAGCCCCAGGGCCACUUGCAGGCCAGCGAACAGAUGGCCCAAAUCGGGCAACGACCCGCAAACGUGCUUUGUGCAAUGGCGGAUUAUGGCUUAGAUCCACAAGCAGCGUUGGACCAGCCGCGUGUGGACAGUGUCAUCGGUGCGGAGAGCGCAGAAACUGCACAAUUGCUCCUUGAAGAAGGCUUGCCACAAGAGACGCAGGAUGGCUUGCGUGCUUUGGGCCAUGAUGUGGUUGUGGUGACUGGCUGGCAACGCCUUGUUUUCGGCCGCGGACAGGUGAUUUGCGGCGGCCUGAGGUGA